AUUUUCAGAUGCACUCGAUCAGUUCAUGAAAUCACAAACAAUGGUUAAUCGCAAGAUUGUACCUGGAGUAUUAACUUGGCCCAUAUCAUCUCGGGUCAUUGAAGAGACACGAAUAGAGAAUUUACAGUUGAUGUUAAAGAAUUGUAUUGAGGAAUGCAAGUUCCCUCCAGAACCAGAUGCAAUUUGUCGGUAUCAGCAAUGCCAUGGCCACUCCAAAAUACAAAUAUUUUUUACAGACCCAGACUUUAAGGGUUUUAUACGUAUUACUUGCUGUCAGCAGUGUAGAGUGGAGUUUCAUAUCAGCUGUUGGAAAAAGCUGAAAACCACAAACUACAGUGAUAAAAAUGAUAAGGAUUUUCUUCAAGAAUUGUGUUUCACUCCUGAUUGUACAGGCCUUAUUUCGAAAAUAGUUAUUUUCAGUUCUUCUGGUCUGGUUAAAUGUGAAUUUGAACAAAAAAUCGCAAAACCCAAGGAACCACCAAGGGCCAGUAUUAAACAGAAAUGUUCAAGUCUUAGGAAGUUAAAAAUGAAACAAGAAAAAAAAAUACGAAGAAAACGUGCACGAGAAGAGGCACGGAACUCUGCUAAAAAGGAAGUAGAAGAAAACCAGAUGGGGAAUGAACCAUCUCAGUACAGUGAUCGCAGUGGUUAUAUUCAGGAUUUAUACGCUGGCGAUCGAGUCCUGCAGCAUAUCAGUCGAAAUGCUGAGCAAAUAAAAACAGCUGUUCGCGAUGCUUCUAAACUAUUAAAGGAAUUACUUUCAUGGUUUGUAAUAAGUGAGGAGGAUUAUAUGUCGUACUCCAAAACUAGUAGCAUGUCGCACGAAGUGAUGGAGCAGCUCAUCAGUUACUUAACUCAGGAAAAAAACAGAGUGAAAACAAGGGGUUUUAUCCAUGUGCUGUGUGAGCUGGAAGAAGUGGAUCCCAAAUUACACAAAUGGCUGAAACAUCUUAACAACUUGGGUCUGACAGCUACAAAGAACUUUAUCCUUCAAUAUGGACAAUUUUUAAAAGAGCUUGACCUUUCUAUUUUAACCACACUCUGGAAUGAGAAGUAUGGUAGUAAAUUUGACUAUGUGACAACUAGUUCUGAAGACAAAGAAAUUCGUGAUUAUUUCUUAAAACCACCCCUAGAGAAAACCCGUUGCUUUGUAUGGCUGCUAGAAGAUAACAGAGAGAAUUUUCCAUUUCUUCAUCAAGCUUUAGAUGAAUUCUUUGAUAAAAUGGAUGACCCUACCAUUAUAUUAAAGAAGGAGGGAAAUGAAAGUAUAUUGACUAAUGGUAUCAAAGUUAAAAACAAAAACAGGAAGAAGAACUCAAAAGACUCAAAGUCUAUUUUAGUAUUAUCCAGUGGAGUUAGUACAGCACCACGAGAAGAAGAUAAGAUAUUUAUAGAAGAAAAUACUUUAGAUUUUACAAAUUCUUAUGAACCAUUUGUAAUCCCAGAAUAUCUUCGGGGGCAACUGGAGGAAUUUGAAGCUCUCUGUGACGUUUCAAAUAGUAACAGUUAUCACAGACGUAUGGAAAAUAACCCAGAUCAAACCUGUGAGAGCUUGUAUGAAUAUUUCUCUCAAAUCUUGGAAGAACAUGGCCCUAUGGAAAUUAAUAAUAAAUUACUAGUUGGGGAGUAUCAACAUUUCCCUGAAGAAGCUCGAAAGAUUGUAGAAGAUGAAGGUGGUCUGCAGUCCUUUCUUCUGAAAUCCCUUCGUUUCAUUAUGGUGGAUAAUCUUAUUGGCUUAAGAAAGCAUGCAAUUCUUAUUGAAGAAAAUACGAACAGAAAUGAGACUGGAGAUAACGAAGAAGAAAAUUAUAGAGUCUGUGGUGUGCAAGAAAAUUCUUCCCUGAACAAGCUACAGUUAAAUCCAGCUGCUAAGGAAUUCAAACCCCUGUCCUAUCCUAAGCAACCCUAUAUAUCAACAUCUACUGACUUAACAGUAGCAAGUUAUGAGACUCCACGAUAUUUGCCCUGGUCUUUUCCUACUUCAUGUAAAUCGGUGCAUUCUUUGCAUAGUCAGAAUAUUGAUUCUAUAGAAAAUAAGUCGUCGUAUUCAGACAUUUUGCUGAAGUGCUUUGAUUCUAAAACCCCUGGUAUAUUUUUGCCUCGGACUUCCUGGGGUUAUCAAUAUGAAAGGAUAUUGACAGUGCCUUCUCACAUGCCUCUUAUGUCAAGUGUUGCCAAGCAGCCUUGUUAUAUUCAUGCUGAUUGUGUAGCUCACCAGGAUAAUGACGAAUCAGACAGAAAAUACGUCUCCAGCAGUCUUAUACCAACUGAAAUACAAACAUAUGAAGACCCUCCAUGCCAGCUGGAGAACUCUGAUAACACAUUGUAUGAAGACAAUUUUGCUGUGGCAAGUAGUACAAAAGAAGCUGAAUGUGGUGUGCAGGUUAUUAAGAUGGAAAAAGAAAGCAAAGUUGUACCUCUAAGGAAGAACAAUCCUCAUACAAGGAUGAUAGCUGUUCAGGUAAAUCAUGAAGUAGCUGAUAGAGAAGCUAAUACCCUGCCUUUCCAUCCAUUUGAAAUGCAACAA